UACUAAUUCUGUUAGGUGAUUUUCCACAUUCUUGAUCGCACUUGCGGCGUUGCAAGACUUUCUCUUCUUCCCUUAAGGGAGAGUCGAGUCCUUCCUCACUUACUGAAAAAAAAGUUUUCAAGAUGGUGAUUGUGUGAGAGCCAGACUGGGUGCGUUGCAUGGGAUUUAUACCGAAAAGUGACACGACGAAAACACUUUAAGGCAAUCCCAUAGACAAUUUAGAACAGCCACUCUGACUGCUUGUACUCUUGGAACCGUAUCAUAUCUUGGAUUACGUUGGUUUCCUUCAUCGUACUGGAAAGAGAAGAUUGUAGAAAACUGGUGAAUACUAUAUAUCAGCCCUCUUUUUCCUCAGAGAUUGGUCACAAAUACCAGCACUUGGACUAAGAAGAGGAAACUUGUGAUAAUCAAAUGACAAACUAGGGAUAUGUCUUGAUGAACACACAUUCGGGCCAACACUAGGCCCCUCACUCCUCCACCUUUACAAAGUGCUUGCAAAGAUCCAGACAGAUAACUUAGGAUGUCUGCUGGACCGCUUGUUGACAAAAUUGACCCAUUCAAAAGGUCACCCAAGAAGAAGCCCAAAAAAUCGCAGGGCUCAUCAAGGUAUCACUCGGGCAGUGAAGCAGAUCUGCAACCUCUUCCAUUAUUGAAAGAUGUCCCGGCCGGCGAGCAAGAGGAGCUGUUCAUUCGUAAACUGCGCCAGUGCUGCCUGGGCUUCGACUUUCUCGACCCGGUGGCCGACCUUAAAGGCAAAGAAAUUAAGCGAGCCUCGCUCACCGAGCUGGUAGACUACAUCACGGCAGGUCGUGGUGUCUUGACUGAGCCCGUUUAUCCGGAAAUCAUCCGCACGAUUACGAGCAAUCUAUUUCGGACGCUGCCACCGAGCGACAACCCCGAUUUUGAUCCGGAGGAGGAUGAUCCGACACUUGAGGCCUCAUGGCCUCAUCUACAGGUGAUUUAUUUGGUCUACGAGUUCUUCUUACGCUUCCUGGAGUCACCGGAUUUCCAGCCAGGCAUCGGCAAGAAAGUGAUCGAUCAGAAGUUUGUCCUUCAGUUGCUCGAACUGUUUGACAGCGAAGAUCCCCGCGAGCGAGAUUUCCUCAAGACAGUCUUGCAUCGGAUUUACGGAAAGUUUUUGGGCUUGCGAGCCUUUAUCCGGAAACAGAUCAACAACAUCUUUCUCAGAUUCAUUUAUGAAACGGAACACUUUAACGGUGUGAGCGAGCUUUUGGAGAUUCUCGGGAGCAUUAUCAAUGGAUUCGCCCUACCGCUGAAGGUGGAGCACAAGCAGUUUCUGGUCAAGGUCUUGCUGCCGUUGCACAAGGUCAAGUGCCUGUCGCUCUAUCACGCCCAGCUGGCCUACUGUGUCGUCCAAUUUCUUGAGAAAGACCCAUCGUUAACGGAGGAGGUGAUCCGCGGACUGCUCAAGUACUGGCCAAAGACCUGCUCCCAGAAGGAGGUCAUGUUCCUCGGUGAAAUCGAGGAAAUUCUCGACGUGACGGAACCGGCCCAAUUUGUCAAGAUCCAGGAGCCGUUAUUUAAACAGAUUUCGCGAUGCGUUUCCAGCCCUCAUUUCCAGGUGGCCGAACGCGCCCUUUAUCUGUGGAACAACGAGUAUGUCAUGAGCUUAAUAGAAGAGAACAGUGCGGCCAUUAUGCCGAUCAUGUUCCCUGCCCUCUAUCGUAUCAGCAAGGAGCACUGGAAUCAGACGAUUGUCGCCCUUGUCUACAACGUCCUCAAAACCUUUAUGGAGAUGAACUCGAAACUCUUUGAUGAGUUGACAGCCACCUACAAAACGGAGAGACAAAAAGAGAAGAAGAAAGAAAAGGAGAGAGAUGAGCUGUGGCGGAAAUUGGCCGAGCUGGAAAUCAGCCACCGACGACGUGAGCCGUCGGCCAAACCGAACGCCACAGGAGGCGUGGCCCUGGCCAAACAAAGUCCGCCCACUUUAAAAUGAAAACAAAAAGGAAGAAAACAAAAGAAUGUAACAGCCACCUCGACUCCUUCGCCGCCCACAUACAUACAUACAUACACAGACACCCAACAAACAUAUACUUACGUACAUACUCACCGUCCCUUUCUCCUCCUUACAGAUUUUCACUACCCCAUUUGCCCCUCCUCCCGCUUCCACUGUCCCCCCUCGAGAUGAUCAAUUUAAUAAUAAUUUAACCCGUUUCAAUCAUUCAUGAAGAACGAGUGUUUUUGAGUCGACCAUUGAAAGAGAGGGAUAAUAAUACCAAGCAAAAAAGAUUGGCCAUGUAAAACCAUAGUGUCGAUGUGUGACUGUGUUGAGUGCGCGCGUCAAGCCGAGUGACAAAAACAUUUUGUGCGUGCGUGUGCGAGCGAGCGUGAAUGGCUGGUUGAAUGUAUGAUGAACCCAAAAAAAGUGAAACCGAAAAAAGAAAAAAACUGAACAAAUGUAACUCUGUCCUCCCCUUGCCCUUGUCGCAUCUUUCUUCUUCUACACAUAGGCCACCAACGGUUUUCCUCUUAUCAUGUUCGUUUCUUCAUCGCCUACCCCGAACUCACCCCCCUCUCCCACUUCAAAGGAAAAUGCAGAUGUUUGGAAGAACUAGAUUUUUAAGAAAGAAAUCUGUACUUGAAUGGCAACAGAUUCAAAUUCGGCUGUACACUAGUCCCUCUGCUGCUAUUCUGGCGAUUUAACAAACCCAACAGGACAAACAAGAAGUAAAAACACAUUUCAAGUGCAAAGAUGUAACUCCCAGAUCAAAACAAAAUUUCGGAUUGAUCCUUUGUGUUUAAGGCAUUUUUUUAAAUGGCUUAAACAAAAAACGAGGUGGGGAGGCAAGUUCAGUUAGGAGUUGACAAGUGUAACAAAAAUUUUGAACAAGAACAUUACGGACGUGAUAAUAGCCAGCAAAAGAGAAGAGACAAAAAAAGAAAGGUAAUAGUGGAAGCUUCAAAUGCGGGCGUGUACUUUUUUUUUUUUUUAUUUUUUUUUUUAUUGUAUUGUAAUUUUUUUUCCCCGUUUGAUUUGCUAAGAAGGUUUAAUUCGGCUCUCACGAUCCUUUUGUUCUAAUGUUGACUUUCCCCCCAUUUUUUUUUUAUGUCCCUUCUACACAUGAAAGAAAUCAAUUAGUCGCCGUCUUGUUGUAGCCAAUUUAUUGCAAUCAUUCUUCCCAUUUAAAAUUUUUUUUUUCAUUAACGAUUUGUUUUAACUUGCUCCCUUUUCUCCCUCAUUCUUUCUAAUAGGUCUUAUCGACGAAGUUAUGUUGCCCCGAGUAACUCUUGCAAGUCACGAAAGAGAGACGGCCGCGUUUGAUUGCUUCUCGUUAGUUUGAGAAAUAUUUGAAAAUGAAUGAUUACAUCCAUACCACAAACAAACUUUCCUGUAUAGUCGCUGCCCACCUCUCCCCCCACCACCACUUCUCUUAACUUCAUCUUUUGAUUUCAUGAAUAGGUGUGUCGUGUUCUUUAUAUACAUCUGCUGAUCACUUCUUCUUGUCUUACGUUGCAGUUUUUGUUUGUUUAUACGAUCGUUCACAUUCUUUGCAGCUCUUUGAACUGAUUGAGCAAAAUAUCUUUCUCUUUAUUAUCUUCAUGCAUUGUUUUGAUUAGAUCGUGUUUUUUUUUCUAAACCACUUUUAAUCGCCCCUCUUUCCUUCCUCUGUUUCUUCAGCGCAUCGAUACGAUAAUGCUGGUGCACUUCCCCCACAACUUUUUUUUUAUUAUUUGAAGAAAAAAAAAAUAAUUAGUAAUAAUAAUGGUCGGCUGUAUAUUUUCUUUUCUUUUUUUUUUCUGUAAUCCCGUCAUACCUGUCUCCCCAAAAUUUGUUUGCGCUCUCCACCUUUAUCAUGAGUCUUUUCUUCGUCCAUGCCCCCAUCCAACAAAAAAAAAAAAUCCUGCACCCCUUUUCGUGUACAGAUGGUUGAACAUCUUUUAUGUCUUUUGUCCAAACUGUUCGAUCAUCGUCUUGGAUUUUUUUUUCUCUUGUAUUAGAAGAAAACCAAUCAAAAAAGAAAAAAAAAACAA